AUGGGGUGGGGGUGGACGGCGCUGGCGGCCGCAGCCGCGGUGGUGUACGUGGCGGUGAAGCUGAUGGAGGUGCUGUGGUGGCGGCCGCGGCGGGUGGAGCGGCACUUCGCGCGGCAGGGGAUCAGGGGCCCCCGCUACCGCUUCUUCGUCGGCUGCGUCCGCGAGAUGGUGGCGCUCAUGGUGGCCGCCUCCGCCAAGCCAAUGCCGCGCCCCUACCGCUCCCACAACGUCCUCCCGCGCGUCCUCGCCUUCUACCACCACUGGAAGAAAAUCUACGGUUCCACGUUCCUGAUAUGGUUCGGCCCGACGCCGAGGCUCGCCGUCGCCGACCCCGACCUCAUCCGGGAGAUCCUCCUGUCCCGCGCCGACCACUUCGACCGCUACGAGUCGCACCCGAUGGUGCGCCAGCUCGAGGGCGAGGGGCUCGUCAGCCUGCGCGGCGACAAGUGGGCGCACCGCCGCAAGGUGCUCACGCCGGCGUUCCACAUGGAGAACCUCAAGCUGCUGCUGCCGUUCGUCGGGAAGACGGUUGUCGACAUGGUGGACAAGUGGCACGACAUGGCCGCAGCGGCGUCCGGCGAGGUCGAGAUCGACGUGUCCGAGUGGUUCCAGGUGGUGACGGAGGAUGCCAUCACCCGCACGGCGUUCGGCCGGAGCUACGAGGACGGCAAGGCCGUCUUCAAGCUCCAGACCCAGCUCAUGGCCUUCGCCUCCGAGGCAUUUCGCAAGGUCUUCAUCCCUGGAUACAGGUUCCUGCCGACCAAGAAGAACACGAGCUCGUGGAAGCUGGACAAGGAGAUCAGAAAGAACCUGGUGACGCUCAUUGGCCGGCGUCAGGAAGCUGCGGACGACGAGAAGCUCAGCGGCUGUGCCAAGGACCUCCUGGGCCUCAUGAUCAACGCGAGCAGCAACGACGGCAAGGUGAGCCCCAUCACCGUGAACGACAUAGUGGAGGAGUGCAAGACGUUCUUCUUCGCCGGCAAGCAGACCACAUCGAACCUCCUGACAUGGACCACGGUCUUGCUCGCCAUGCACCCCGAGUGGCAGGAGCUCGCCCGGCAGGAGGUACUCCAAAUCUGCGGGGCGCAUGACAUCCCCUCCCGCGAGCAGCUCGCCAAGCUCAAGACACUCGGGAUGAUCCUGAACGAGACGCUGCGGCUGUACCCGCCGGCUGUGGCGACGGUACGCCGAGCCAAGACCGACGUGGAGCUCGGCGGGUGCCUGAUCCCGCGCGACACGGAGCUGCUGAUCCCGAUCAUGGCCGUGCACCACGACGCGCGGCUGUGGGGGCCGGACGCCACGCAGUUCAACCCGGCGCGGUUCGCCAAGGGCGUGGCGCAGGCCGCCACGCACCCCACGGCGUUCAUCCCGUUCGGGCUGGGCGCGCGGAUGUGCAUUGGCCAGAACCUAGCGCUCCUGGAGUCCAAGCUCACGGUGGCCAUCCUCCUCCAGCGGUUCGACUUCCGGCUGUCGCCCAGCUACCUCCAUGCGCCGACGGUAUUGAUGCUCCUCCACCCGCAAUACGGGGCGCCCGUGAUCUUCCGGCCGCGGACAUCUGAGCCGUCCGAUCACUACAAUCGGGAUAUGUGA